GACCCGGAGUGAGAAAAAUUGACGAGAAAAUUGCUAUCGUGUGAUACAGGCUUUAUGGGAAUCAUCGCCAUAUCUGUCAUUGUUCUAAUCAAGUAGACAUAGAACAGCAACUUCUGUCGAAUUUGUUCAUCUGUUGUAACAUCAGAGCUAGAAUCAGUGAAAAUUUAAUCAAUUUCUUUAAAAUGGUUCAAAAAGGCACUGGAUUGUUCGGAUUUUUUAAAAGCGUGUACUACGAUGAGUAUAAAUGGGCUCUUGUGAAAAGUGCUUCGCUGUUUAUUGUCGGUGUACGGUUAGCGCAGGAAUGUGCUGGACUUGAGUUGAUGCCAUCGGCGCCACAUUAAUAAUUGCCAAAUACCAUAAAUAACAGCGAUGAAGGGAAUAAUAAAUAGUGUUAUGCCGUA